GCCCCCUCUCCCUCUCUAGGCCUUGCUGGAGCUGGAGAUGAACUCGGACCUCAAGGCCCAGCUGCGGGAGCUGAACAUCACCGCGGCCAAGCAUAAUGCUCUGUGUCCGCCCAUGCUGUUGCGAAUGGAAAUUGAAGUAGGUGGCGGUCGGAAAGCUAUCAUCAUCUUCGUCCCAGUUCCUCAACUCAAGUCUUUCCAGAAAAUCCAGGUCCGGCUGGUACGCGAGCUGGAGAAGAAGUUCAGUGGGAAGCACGUGGUCUUCAUCGCUCAGAGGAGGAUUCUGCCCAAGCCAACCCGAAAAAGCCGAACAAAGAAUAAGCAGAAGCGUCCCAGGAGCCGCACGCUGACCGCUGUGCACGACGCUAUCCUGGAGGACCUGGUCUUCCCGAGCGAGAUCGUGGGCAAGAGGAUCCGCGUGAAGCUGGACGGCAGCCGGCUCAUCAAGGUGCAUCUGGACAAAGCGCAGCAGAACAACGUC